UCCAGCCCUCUGAGAAGUCUGUCCCGGCACUGUCCUGUCCCAGACACAGCCACCAAUGUCAGGUGUCGGGGAUAUUUUGAAAGCAGUUGGUGAUUUUGGGCGAUUCCAGAAAUGCCUGGUGCUGCUCUCCGUGAUCCCUUGCCUCAGUGUGGCUUUCCACCAGUUCUGCCAGCUUUUCAUGGUUGUGGAAGUGCCUCACCACUGUGACACCAGCUGGAUCCGCGCCGUGGGCCCCAACCUGACGGAGGAAGAGCAGCUGAACCUCACCCUGCCCCGCGGCGCGGACGGGGAGUUCCAGCAGUGCUCCAUGUUCUCCCCGGUGGACUGGGAGCUCGAUGCCAUCCUGGCCUACGGACUGAACGACACGCAGAAGUGCAGCAGUGGCUGGGUGUACCCCUCAGAACAGCCACCCUCCCUGCUGACCGAGUUUGACCUGGUGUGUGACAGGAAGGACCUCAAUGACAUUGCCCAGGCCAUCUACAUGGCAGGGAUGCUCCUGGGAUCCAUGAUCUUUGGGCCUCUGAGUGACAGGAUCGGCCGCCGCCCAGUCAUUCUGAUCUCCAUCUUCCUCCAGGGCUUGUUUGGGCUGGGAAUUGCCUUUGUGCCCCAUUUCUAUGUGUACAUGGCCUUCAGGUGUGUUGUGGGGGCCUCCGUGUCAGGAAUCACCAUGACAGUACUGGCCUUAGCUACAGAAUGGAUCGGUGUCUCCUCCCGGCCAAAGGCAGUGCUCACUUCUCACUGCUGUUUUGCCAUUGGGCAGAUGAUUUUGGCUGGUUUGAGUUACGGGAUUCGCAACUGGAGGCUGCUGGAGAUUGCAGGAUCUGCUCCUAUAUUUGUUUUUUUCUUCUGCAUUGGGGUGCUCCCAGAGUCAGCUCGCUGGCUGGUGACCAAGGGCAGGAUCGAGGAAGCCAAGAAGGUGCUGCAGAAGGCGGCCGCCACCAACAAGCGCAGCCUCCCCCCAGAGCUCCUGGAGCAGUUGAAGCCUGAGAAAGAGGUCAAGUCUGGAAGUUUCCUGGAUCUCUUUAGGAAGAAGCACAUGCGGAACAUGACUUCAAUCAUGUUGUUUGCCUGGUUUGUGAACAGCUUUGUCUACUAUGGGCUGAGUCUGAACGUGACAAAUUUUGGCCUGGACAUCUACCUGACUCAGCUGGCCUUUGGAGCAGUGGAAAUCCCAGCCCGUGUUGGUUGUAUCUUCAUUCUGCAGAGAUUCGGGAGGAGGAAAACGCAGGCUGUUCUCCUGGUGCUGAGUGGCCUGGUGUGUCUGAUCAUCACCAGCAUCCCUGAAGACCAGCCCGUGGCAACCACCGUGCUGGCCACCAUUGGCAAGUUUGCUGCCUCAGCCUCCUUCUCCACCUCCUACGUCUAUGCUGCCGAGCUCUUCCCCACGGUUGUCAGGCAGACGGGCUUGGGGCUGUGCUCCAUGUCGGCGCGGGUGGCCGGGAUCCUGGCCCCGCUGGUCCGUCUCCUGGGGCAGUACCACCGGGCCAUCCCCAUGGCCAUCUUCGGGAGCGGCCCCGUGCUGGGGGGGCUGCUCUGUGUCCUGCUGCCUGAGACCUGCAGCACCGACCUGGCAGAUGGCACAGGGGACGGCCACCCCACGGCUCAGGUCUGCGAAAAUGCCACCAUCGGCUCUCAGAAUGGGCAAGUGAAAGGAAAAGGUGGUGGCCAGGACAAUGAGAGCACGAAGACCACAUACUUCUAGCUGGGGCUGCAGGUGGCUGUGGAUAAAUGCAGCCUAGUGCUGUGUGGGCACUGAGGACAGGCAGGGUCUCUCCACCACAGGACACCACCUUUGCUUAGGCCAUCACUGCCAAUUCUUGGGUUUCCUUGUCUUUUUUGCCUUCCUGUAUCUCCCUCUGUAGCUUGUCCUCAGGCACUGCAGGCUAUUACUGCUGUCCAACAGUGCUCUCGCCAGAGAAAAUUAGCUGCUUUUUACUUGAGGGAAAAAAGGAAGGAAUCAAGAAUUAGAAUGGAGAAACUUCCUCUUUGUUUUUCCUGUUAUGUCUCCAAGAAGGUGAGACUAAACUUUGUCCAGCAAGGCACACACUAGAGCAUUGACUAAACUUGCAAGAGAGAACUGGGCUCACUAACCGGAGAGCUGAAGC